AUGAACACAAUUUUCGAGGAGGAUGAAGAAGAAAUAGAGUCAGAAGCCGGACCUUCUACCUCGACCCUGGAGUCUCCUAACGACUAUCAAACCGGAGUGGUUGAAAAAUACAUCAAGGAGCGGAAAAAGGCUCAAAAAUCCUCUCAAAAUUUAAUUUUCAAAAAAACAAAGCCCCCGAAAUGGAUUUGCACAGUUCAGAAUUGUAAAUGGGGUGGGAGGAGCAUGGAAAUGAUGACUAGUCAUCUCAAAAAGUGUCAUCCUGGAGAAACGGGUACUCAAUUCGCUUUAGAAACAAAAUUUCACUAUGACAGCAGCCGGAAAGGAUCGCUGAAACAUAUCAAGACGAAAAUCAAGGAGAAAAUUGUAAUAGACGAAUUAGGAGAGAAAAUCAAGGAUCUUUGA